GUAAUCUGUGGUGUAUAUGUUUACAAAUUAUUACAACCACCCAUUUUUUAUUAGAGAAAUUUAAUUAACGAAACUGAUAAAUUAUCUAUAAACUAAAUACUGAAGUGUAAUCGGUAGGUAUAGGAUAUUAAGUGGCGGGAUAAUAUUGUACCGAAAUUAUUGAAUCUUCGACAUUUUAUAACUAUGGCUACAUUGGAGGACAAAAUCCUUGGUGAAAAACUACAUAACUACUGUAGCAGCAGUGAGGAUGAUGGCUCUGAAGACGAGGGUAGUGGAGAUGAAGAAAAAACUAUAAAAACAUCAGUUACAGCAGAUCCACCUCCCGUCAACAAUUGGAAUGGAUCUGCUAGUAAUACAGGGCCUAAAGGUGUCCUUGAGGAUUGGCGAAGAUUUAAACAAUUAGAAGCAGAAAACCGGAAAGAAAUUGAAAGAGAGCGCAUUGCACUUGCAAAAAAACUUACUUUAACAGUCAAAACAGAAGCAGAAGACGAUGCAGACAAGGAAAGAGAUGAAAUUGAAGAUGAACUAAAUGAAUUAAUUGAUGAAGGUUUUCUUAUGAAAUACCAACAACAAAGAAUGCAAGAACUUAUGGCUAAGUUACAGAAAGCACCAAAGUUUGGUAAAGUGACAACUUUGAAGAGCCAAGAUGAGUUUUUGAAUGCCAUUGACAAGGAAGACCCAAAAAUUGCAGUGAUAGUUCACAUUUACAGUGACAAAAAAAAAGCAUGUCAAACAAUGGAUGGUUGUUUAAAUAUUUUAGCAACCGAAUAUCCUACAACUAAGUUUUGUCGCAUUGCUGCUGAUAUCACUGGUUUAAGCCGUCAUUUUCGUGUUGAUGGAGUACCAGCAUUACUCGUGUACAAAGGUGGCCAGGUUAUUGGUAACUUUGUUCAACUUGCAACAGAAUUAGGUAAUGAUUUUUUUGCUACUGAUGUAGAGAAAUUUCUCAUAGAAUUUGGAAUGCUCCCAGAAAAUUAAGUAUGUAGUAAAUAUUUUUUGUUUGUUGUGUAAUAGGAAUAAGCAAUUUUUUAGUUAACGAAAAUGGGUUUAUUACUGAAUAUCCAUCAAAGCUAAAAAAAAAUAUUGUCAUUUAGCUUCAAGAACAAUACGAAUUUUACAAUUGUACUUACUAAAACGGUUAUGCAUUUCUGACAAGUCAGUUUACCCUUUAGUGCUUAAUGUUAUAACUUAUUUAAUAACCUACUUCCACAUCAGGGAGCUGAAUGUGUAGUGAAAAUGGCUAUGAAGUUAUUUUUGAAGUUCUAAUAUUUAAUAUUUUUUUUUAGUAAAUUGUGCAAAGCAUUUAUUUAUAUGGCAAGAGAAACUUGUGGUUAAUGAUAAUUCAGUAUUACUUUUACUGCUUAUAUGGAAAAAUAAAUUAAAUCAUUUUACA